CUUGCAGUUCUAGGGUGGAAAGGUCCUUACAGGUACUGACCGUUUAUUGGAGACUGGGUUUUUUUAUACAACCUCAGAAACUGUUUUAAUCAUGAUGCGUAUCAGCGAGCCCAAGACGGUCAAUACUGGCAGCGUCGUAAACCAUUUGGGAUACAAAGCUUUGAGGAAAAUCUUCGCAGACAUACAUGACAUUGAAGACCGACUCAAACAGGGUGAGACGUUUGACUUUCCUUACCUCAUCCGAGGUGAGAUGAGUGACGGCCACCGGCAGGGCCUGAAACCGAUCACAUUUCUUCGCCAGGUAACAAGCCUAUGUACAUAUCCUGCUAUGUCUGACCAUAUGCCCGAAGAUGUUGUAGAGAGGACAAUGGAAAUUCUAGAACAUUGUCCCAAAGGCUCUGUUGGCUCAGUCAUUGUCCGCGGUAAUCCAGUGAUUCGGCAACACAUCGCCGACUACAUAAGUCAGAGAGAUCUUGUUGAAACCAGCACAGAGAACAUAUGGAUUACAGGGGGAGUGCUUCCCGGUGUUUCGAUGGUGCUUGACGUGCUGAAACGACGUCCCAGCGCCAUGCCUCCUGGUAUCAUAACAUGUGUGCCUCAAUACAUGGGCUAUGCCACUCUUCUGGAGGAUCAAGGGUUUUGCGUGGCGUGCUAUUACCUCGAUGAAGAUAGAGACUGGGUGCACAACACCAGCGAUAUGCAAAAGGCUCUGGAUGCAGCCAAAAGUCGCUGUGUUCCUCGCUGCUUCCUGCUUGUUAACCCUGCGAAUCCGCCUAGCACAGUAAUGUCGGAGUGCCAGCUGCAGGAGAUCAUUCGCUUUGCCUAUAAAAAUCAGCUCAUAAUAUUAGCUGAUGAGAUUUUUGAGUUUAAUGUUUACACCACCAAUCACCCAUUUCACAGUGUCAGGAAAGUCAUGAACUCAAUGGGAGCCCCAUACUCUGGGACGCAACUGGUGACGUUCAACUCAAUAUCAAAGGGCUUCACGGCAGAGGUCGGGUUACAGGCGGGAUACUUCGAGGCAAUCAAUAUCAACCGUGUGGACCAAGCUAACCUGGAACAUGCCACAAUGGAAUACCUGCCACCAAUGUUGUCUCAGGUCGCCUUGGAUUGUAUGAUCAAGCCUCCACGUCCAGGUGGCGCUUCGUAUGAGUUGUACACUAAGGAAAAAAGCUUGAUCCUGGACUCCUUAGCCGAACGAGCUCGGCUGGCGGAAGAGAGGUUGAAUGCCAUUGAUGGAAUCCACUGUAGUCGAGUGCAGGGGUCUAUGGCUGCCUAUCCCCGUGUGACUAUUCCAGUGAGGGCAAUAGAAGAGGCGGAGCGUCGGGAAAUGGAGGCUGAUGUGUUUUACGCCGAAGAGUUGCUACGCAGAAAAGGCGUUAGUGUUACGCCGAGCUCUGCGUUUGGGAGGCUGCCUGGAAAAUUUCACAUGAGGAUCGUGAUACUUCCGCCGAAGAACCAGCUGCUGGAACUUUUUGAUCGGUUGGAAUCCUUCCAAAAAGAGCUGAUGGCUGAAUACUCGUAGAAGACGAGGGGAGCUUGGGUGUACAAAAAUAAAGUUUACUUUUACCGGAGAAUAAAAGCAAUUCAGACU